AUGGCUCCGAUUCCAUGGUCAGAAGCUGACCCCUUCAGCAUCUCUAUGUAUGCCCAGGAGUCAGCGUAUUGGAGCAGCCUCCAAGAGAAUGAGACGCUAAUGCGUCUCUGCACAGACAUGACGGCAGCAGCGGCCAGGAGCAACGACGCCGUAGAGGCCCAAGUUGAGCAGCUCUGCAAGCUGUGCUGGGCUUCAGCGCUGGAGGCUGUGGACUGUCAUACGCUGCUUAUUGCAGCUCGCGCGGAGGUAGACCACUUGAAGCGUCGGCUGUCACGAUGUAGCCUGGCCAAGACCAAGCAGCUGAUUUUUCCUGAGGAUGAGCUGCCCAGGUCCGACAGGUCCCGCUUCGAAGGCCGCAGCUUCAUGGACCAGGAUCAAAGAGACUUGGUCUUCAGCGCAGCUUGGGAUGAGUUUCGGGACGAAGGGCCACCGCCAAGAGGCGACAGCGGCGACGAGAUCCCAGUGCUGCUUGACAUCGGUGUGAACACAGAGGAGGCCGCAGAAGACACGGCAAACCUGCGGCGGAGCUGCGAGGAGCUCCAAUCGCGGCUCACAACUGCGGAGGCCGAGGCGGUUCGGCUGCAGGGCGAUGUCUCGCACCUGGAGGAGCAGCUCUGCGAGGCGGUCGAGGAAACCCGCGCCGCGAAGGGCCAUCUUGCAGAGGCCCUCGAGCAACUCACCGAGGCCCAAAGCGCUGAGGCCAUGUUGCAAGGAGCCUACGAGAAGCUGCAGGAGGAGCACGAGCUGGAGAUCAAGCUCCAUGAGGACAGCAGACACGAGGUGGCCCGUCUUCAGUCUGAAGUCAUACGAUAUCGAACUGCGGACGUGGCCUCUCAGGACAAAAAGGCUUUGCCUUCUGGCCGUCGCCCUUCCAGGAGGCCUCUCAAUGACAGUAGGCCGCCCUCCUCGCCGCUGCCGCUUCUAGCCGGCUCCUCCGUCAGCUUUUCCGACGCAGCUGCUACGCUUCGCGAAGUGGAGUCGCCGGGCUUUACGCUCCCGAACCGACGGAAGGCGAUGCAGGUCUCAACCUCCUUACCCUCGUUGCAGCGGAGCGGUGCCGAAUCUCAAGGCCAAAGCUCGCUGUUGACCGCUCCACGCAGUAAGAGGCGAAGGGAAGAGGAUGUGGAGAUGACUGAAGAAGCCAAGGAGCUUCUCACCAAGAUCGGCACGGAGAGCACGCUGCGGUACGCAAUUCAUUUGAUCACCUGCUCCAACCUUGUAGCGAUGAAGCGAAAGGCACAGGAGGUUGAUGUCCAGGACAUCCGAAAGGUCUACUCGCUCUUUGUGGAUGUGAAGCGGUCCACGCAGUUCCUGAUGGAGUAUCAGCAAGAGUUCAUGUUCUCCGAGGUGCACGAGGAGGAGGAUCGCUUGGCUGCGCAGGACCUAGCAAGGCGCACUGAUCGCCUUGAGGCUUUGAAGGCAAGACGACGUCCUAGCGUCCUGACAGCGGCUGUCGAGAGCUCGGCUGCCCCGCCACUGGUUCGUGCCCCGCGGCGGCUCUCCACUUCUUCGAGGGUAAAGCCCAUGCCGUCUGGAAAGUCGGAGGAGUGGCACAAGACGAAAGUCCACGACGUUUUCAAGGAGCUAGAUUCAAAAGAUCUCGGUGAGGUCAGCGUGCAGGACUUGCAGGUUUCCUUCGCUAAAAUGAAUAUGGCCUUGGACAACGAGACCUUUGCAAAGUACAAAAGUCAGAUUCUCCCAAAGGGCUGUGAUAGCGUUUCUUUGGAAUCCUUUGUGAAGUUCCAUCAGGCAGUGUGGGACAACCAGCCGCCGUCAGUGCGCCGCUUUGCUGGCUGCCCGGAGGCAGGCGGAGACAGCACUGGCUCGCUGCACGUUGGCCUCUCACCUCUGUCAAAAUCGAAGGGUUCACUGCGGCAGCUGCCGAGCAUGAAGCUGCCAGGGCCAAGCAAAGGUCUCUUCAAGGAGGCCCUUGAGAAUGAGGAUGCGCUGAGAGCGGCGUUCUACAGGUAUCGGCAAGCGCCUUGCAGAUGCCAGCAAGACAUGCAAAUCUGCCAAUGGGAUGAAGGACUUGGGGAUUACACUGCCGUCAGCGCAAUCGACCCAGUUGGACAAGGACUUCUUUCAAACGUUUUGUGA